UAUUAGAAGGAGAUUUUUUGAGUCGGUAAUAAUGUUUAAAUCGGUUUUUAUACUAGCCCUUGUGGCCAAUGUUUUUUUCUUAGUGUCUUCUGCUGAUACAUGUUCAGGACAGAAUGAAGUAUACGAUACAUGCCCUCCAAUCUGUCCACCGCAAACUUGUGAUGCUAUCGGCAAAAUUUACCAUUGUCCUAAUAUUCCUGCAAAUCCUACUGAAGUACCCGGAUAUUGCAAGCCAGCUUGUAGAUGUAUAUCAAAAUAUUUUAGAAAUCAAAACAAUGAAUGUGUAUCAGUAGAAGAAUGCAAAAAUGAGAAUUCUGACAGCUUGUCUAAUGAAUAGUGGUUAUCGUCCCCCAUAGAUAGCCACAACAUCAAGAAAAUAACAAAAUAGUUACUGGUUGCCUAUGACACGUUUCUGGAAGUAUUACCUCUUUUGUCAGAAAUCCACAUUAAAGACCUUGGUGGUGUAAAGGAUUAAUUAACUGAGAUUAAUUUACUUUCACCUUUUGAUUACUCCAGGUUCGAGUUUUGCAAAAUUCAAGUACUGAAAUUGAUUGUACAAGUAUAUUUGUAUUGAUGUUAACUUCUUACUGCAUUGUGUGUGUUUUCUAAUAUAUAAAAUAAUAUGAUUACUUUUUUAA